CCGAAGCCCGACUCCUGCUUGUUGCAAGAAAGUAAGAUGUCGGUAAGAUCCUUCUUAUCGAUGGCAGCACCACCCUCGGUUCUCACCACCAUGGUGAUGAAGAAAGGAUGAUGUAUGGUGAUGCUGCUCUCGGUUCCCACCGCCAUGGCGAUGAAGAAAGGAAGACGUCAACGAGAUCCCUGUCGGCGAUGGCGAUGCCUCUCUCGGUUUUCGCCGCCAUGGCGAUGAAGAAAGGAAGACGUCGGCAAGAUCCCUCUUGGCGUAGCGACGACGCCCUUGGUUCUCACGGCCAUGGAGAUGAAUCGGGACUUUUCUUUCUUGUAACCGUUGGUGAUUUUUAUUUCCUCUAAUUUUGAAUCACCCGGACCGCCCAUUGUCGAGUUGCAUCCAAGGAGAUCAAGAAGAGAUGAGAUUGGGCAUAGUAUGGAGUUUGAUGUUUUUACAUGGUUCGGAGUUCUAUCUGUCGAUGAUCCUCAAUUAAGUGGAUUGCAGUGUUCCUUUCACAUUGAGCUGUAGGCAUGCAUUCUGUUCAAACAUAAGCCAGUUGCCUGUGCCAUAACCGACCGUGACAUAGAAGCUGCAUUCCAGGAUUUAAUGGCUAUGAACUGGGAUGAAAUCCCAGAGUGUACUGCAAAUGAGACAAACAAGGCACUCUCUAAAGCUUCUGAUGAUAAGGCUGGCCAAGAGGCUCUGGCAAAUGUCUUUUGUGCAGCUGAGGCUUCCGUGGAGUUUGGUGGUGUUCUAGUUACCCUCAGAAUGGCUCCUGAUGAUCUAAAUGGAUUAAGUGUUGAGAAUGUGGGAAGCCUACCAGAUUAUAUAGGAGAUGCCAUAAGAGCCGCAUAUAAAUGCUACAUGGCAUAUCUGGAUUCUUUUGGCCCUGGUGAGGCUUAUUUGCGGGAAAAAGUUGAAAGAAAGCUGGGAACAAAAAUGACACACUUGAAGAUGAGAUAUAGUGGCAUGGGUUCUAAGUGGGGAAAGGUUACACUUCUUGGCACUUCUGGGCUUUCUGUGUCCUAUGUGGAUCUUAGAUCAUGAGAAAGAUGGUGGGAGGUUGGCUGGGCUUCUGUAUUGGCUAUUAAUGGAUGUUUAUGAACGAUGUUUUGAAUGGGACAAUCGAUCAGUUCAGUCCCAAGUUAUACUUGCAAGUUAAGAAAAAUCUUUUCAGAAAAAUAGAUAUGUUUUUUGCAGUGACGAGUUGUAAAUGCCAUUCCUUCUAGUCCCCAAAAUUUCAACUGAUAGCAUGAGGCUGCCAUUGUUUUUGUCACAGCCAUGUGAUGGGAUGUAGGUACCAUGCUAUCCUGGAACGUCUUCUCAUUAGUUGAUCUUCUGUUGCUUAUGAUAGAUCAUAAUUCCCUUCUGCAGUCUC